AUGUCGACGGUGGUCCUUUUCGCUAGUCCUCCGCCUCUUCCGCCCCCUCCGCCUGUCCCGUUGAUUUACGAUGCGGACGCCGCUCAGCCCCAUUUUUCCGAGCCUCAGUCCAAGCGUUUCGAAUCUCAGCCCGAGCUCAUCGAGCCUGAGCCCCAUCCCUUCCCCCACCCCUCGCAGUCCCUCGUUCUCGUUCUUCCGCAAGAGCGGCCGCCUGAAUGUGGACAGCAUCACCAGCAGCUUUUCCCGCCGCGGGUCCAUCUCAAGCAACACAUCCGACCGAUCCUCGCACAUCUCCCGCACCACUCGCUGCUCGCCAUGUCCUUCGUCUCGCGCAAGCUGUGUUUCCUGGCGCAGCCGCUGCUGUUCCACACGAUCGUUACGCAUCCGGCUGACGCGACGUCGCGGCGUGGGACGUCGGCGAAAUACAUGCGGCGCGUGAGCGAGCGGCUCGAGUUUUUCUUCCAGCCGAGGAUCAGCAUAAACGUGACAUCGGUCAAAAUUAUGCCCAUGGAGCUCGAGGCGGACUACACGAGGCCGAAGGACGGCGGCACCCUUGACACCAUCUUCCACACACUGACGCUCCUGCCGAACCUGCGCGUUCUCCGGUGUAAGAAUCUCUGGCUGACACCCAAGCGCCUCGCGGCCCUGCAGGUGCUCCGGUUGCGCAGCGUGUCGUUCGACAACUGUUUCGGCCAUCGCGAGGAACUGGACAUGAUGCUCCCCAUGCUCGUCAGGGACGUGCAAAUGAUGUACCCCGAAUCGGCUACCUCCGGCCGCAUUGAUCUGAUCCCGCCGCUUGCCCCAUUUAUCUCCUCGCCGAUCCUGGAGCAUCUCUUCACGUCGACCGCGGGCGUCCUCGAAAUUAUGGCGAGCCGACCGAUGGAUCAGCUGCGCUCGCUGGCGAUAACGGUCGACUGCAUCAAAUCCGACAUGUUCCUGCCCGCGCUCAUGCAGUGUCCCGCAGUGACCAAGUUGACGAUCUACGCCCAGAGCGGGGCCAUACUCCCUCGACCGCGGUUUUCAUACCUACCAGACGGCGUGCUCCCUCUGCUCCAAUGCUUCCGCGGCCCACAUCGGCUGGCGCCCAUCUUCAUGCACGAGCGAGACACGCGCUUCGUUGACAUCUCGGAGCCGUGUCGGCCCCAGAGCCUCGAGUCGUCGCUGAUAUGCCUCGACAGCAACCUGCGGAUUCUGUCAUUCGCGCUAAAAUCACCUGACAUCCCGGUCAGUUUGCUGCAGAGCAUCCACCACGGAUUUCCCGCACUCGUGUCCUUGAGCAUAUCUAUGCCGGCGCUCUCGUCAGCUGAAAUCCGAACGCUGAUGGAGAAUGUCUCGCCGCACGAGAACCUGUCAGAGUUGACCUUGCAUAUCCAAGGGCGGGACAAGUUCAACUUGUGGAUCCCGCACGAAGAGGGCGUCGUGGAUGCGAUCGCGUGUUUGUCAAAAGUUAAGGAUGUGCUGCUCAACGUAUAUCCUCGUCUCGAGAAUCUUACAUUUCUGCACGGACUGGAGGGGGGGAGCGUGUCGUGGUUUCGGUCGUUGGAGUCGAGGGGGGACUUUGUACAAAUUGCUUGA